AUGUGCAUCUCCACGAACUACGGCGCCUCUCCUCUGGCCUCUGCCAUCCCGGCGGACAUCCCCAACUACCACAGCCACGGCUUGACAGAGCCCGUCAUGAACAGCUCGUCCACCCUCUACUUCUGCUGCCAGUGCAACGACGGACCCAAACUCUACAACAUCCAACCCCAACUGUUAAUGAGCGUGUUCUGA